AUGUGCAGUCGCAAUACUUUCACCGUUGCUGGCCUGGUGCUCUAUCUGUUUUUCCUAGGCAGGACUUAUGGUACACCAAUAGAUCCCUAUGAGGGUCAAGAUUUCUACAAGUUAUUGAACAAUCCGGAUGGACGCUUGGCACUAUCAUCCAGACUGACAACGGCAGAUCGUAUAGCCGAGCAUGGGUAUCCAGUGGAGCGCCAUAGUGUGGUCACCGAGGAUGGGUAUAUUAUUGGCUUGUUUCGCAUUCCCUAUUCACAUAAGCUUCAAAACGAGCAAGCCCUAAGGCCCAUAGCUUUUCUACAACAUGGACUCUCGAGCAGCUCGGAUGGUUGGAUCUCCAUGGGUCCGGACGAUGCCUUGCCAUUUCUGUUGGCCGACGCCGGCUUCGACGUUUGGUUGGGAAAUGCGCGCGGCACUACCUAUUCGAGAAAUCAUACUUCACGCUCUACAGAACAUCCUUAUUUCUGGCGAUUUAGUUGGCACGAAAUUGGUUAUUAUGACAUAGCGGCCGUGAUAGAUUACGUCCUGUCCGCCAACGGGCAGAACCAGCAGGGUAUCCAUUAUGUCGGCCACUCACAGGGAACUACAGUGUUCUUUGUUCUGAUGUCGACACGCCCGGAGUACAAUGCAAAGAUAAAGACGGCCCACAUGUUGGCUCCGGUGGCUUAUAUGAACAACCUGUCGAACUCGCUAGUUCGUUGGCUAGGACCCUACCUCGGCCACUAUAACACCUACUCCUUGCUGUUUGGGUCCCAGGAAUUUUUGCCCUACAACGACUUCUUCCUGGCGCUCUUGUAUAAUACCUGCCGACCAGAGUCGCGCUUUGCAAACUUCUGCGAUGGAGUGUUAUAUAAUAGCAAUCAAGAAGGGCGCUCUAAUUCGACUGCCUCUGCCAUCAAUGCUCAGACACAUCCGGCAGGUGCUUCAACCGAUCAGGGGCUACAUUAUCUACAGGAGCAGCAGUCGGGCUAUUUCCGGCAGUUCGAUUUCGGGAAGGCGAAAAAUAUUCAAGUGUAUGGAACGGAAUUCCCGCCGGACUAUGCCACCGAGCAGAUAACAUGCCAAACGCAUUUGUGGUACGGCGACAGCGAUGACCUGGCCGCGGUUACAGAUGUCCUGCGAUUGGCCGAGACAUUGCCCAACAAGGUAAUGCACCAUAUGAACGAUCCGUUUUGGGAUCACGGUGACUUCGCAACUAAUUGGGAAGUGCGGAAAUAUAUUAAUGAUCCCAUCAUACAAAUUAUGCAGGACUUCGAGGAUCAGCUUACGUAA